CCCUGCUCAUACGAACGCAAGAUGGCUGCCAAUUUAUGUGAACGCAAGGACAAGUAGAAAAGUGAUAUCCGUUUGUGAUAUUUCGUUUAUAUUUGUGAUAAUAACGUUAUAAAUAUUAUCAUUGUUUUGUGUCAGUGCUUGGAGAAAGUUUUUGUGCAAUAUAUUAUGAGUUAUUAAUGUUUUAAAGUAGUUUGUGUAAUCUUACGUUGGAUGGUACAAAAUGUUCCUUGUUGAAUUGUGAUUAUUUAUGCAGUGAUACAAGUUUUUGGAUCGCUAUGACGCUUGUUGUUGGAUGAUAUCUGUGUUAUCACCUGGGCGGGUAUGGAGAAGGCGAAGGCGUACAUAAAGAGCUCGCUGGCGUCGAAGCCGGCGUCGCCGUGCGCGUCGCGCGAGAAGCCGGCGGCGCCCGCGCAGCAGGACGAGCCGCGCGUGUGCUUCGUGUGCGGCGGCGCCGGGUUCAGCGACCACUACACCGUCAGGGUCAAGCCCGACACACAGUGCUCGGAGCCAUACUUCCCGUUCCUGGGCGCGCACGCGCCGCCAGCGGGCUACCGCGCCGAGGGCGACGAGGAGGGCACGGUGCGAUGCUGCUGCGUCUGCUACACCUUCCUGCGCCAGCAGUGGGAGCAGUACGACCGCGAGAACAAGCCCCACAGCCAGAGGUUCUACUGGAUGAAGCGGCUCGACGGGAAACCAUUCAUAGGCGCGGACAUGUCGUUCCAAGGCGAGUACGCGGCGCAGGUGCUGGGCCUGUCGGCGGAGGGCGCGCGCGAGGAGGCGGCGGGCUCCCCGCGGCCCACGUCGCGCCCGCUCUACCCGCUGGACGCGCCCGCGCCCGCGCCCGCCUCGCCCUACCGCAAGGACGACAAGGAACACAACAACCAUGUCAACAACAAGUUUAAUAAUAACCAAGCGCGGUUCCUGGCGGGCGGCGGCGAGGAGGAGGGCGUGCUGGACCUGCGCGCGCGCGACCCCUCCGUCAUCUCGGUGGGCUCGCAGCACUCCGGCGCCUCCGAGCCCGCCGGCUAUCUGGACGCCGUCAGAUCGACGGUGUCGGUGUACUCGGGCAACUCGAACUCGAGCUCGGACCGCGACAUCCUGGACCUGUCGAUGCCGGACAAGAACUCCAUGACGGAGGUGUGCUACGUGUGCGGCGACGAGUACAAGCGCGGCACGCUGUACAACCUGCACACCAAGGAGCCCAAGGACAAGUCGAACAAGCAGGCGUACUUCCCCAUCUUCGGCGAGCAGCACCCGCGGCCGCCGCGCUCGCGCCCCAAGGACGCGCAGGGCACGGUGCGCGCCUGCGCCGCCUGCCACCACCACCUGCUGCAGCAGUGGAACAGCUACCAGAUGCGCGGCGUGGCGGCGAACGAGCGCGUGUACACGCUGCGCACGCGGCCGCCGUCGCUGCUGCCGCCGUCGCCGCUGAGCCUGGCGUCGUCGGGCGACAAGUCGCUGGCGGCGCACAACACGCACUCGCCGUCGCUGGAGCGGCUGGAGCGCCUGGAGCGGCUGGAGCGGCCCGCCAGCCAGCCCGCGCCCGCGCCCACGGCCAGCUUCGUGUGCUACGUGUGCGGCGUGGGCGCGCUCAGCUCGCAGCUGCGCCUCGUCUACUGCUGCCCCAACCCCGAGCGCGAGCCCUACUACCCCUUCAUCACCUCGCUCAAGCCGCACCAGGACGCCAGCCCCAUCAGCCCGCAAGGCAUGGUACAAAUAUGUGCGUCGUGUUACAAGAGCAUACCGCACAAGUACCCCGCGUACGGCGAGAACGGUGAGCCCAACGCCGCGCACAACAACUCCCAUACUAACAAUAUUAGGUUUAAGCCAUACGACAUUAAAUCAAGUUCGAAUCAAUCAAAUAAGCGCACAUCGAACGCGCUGUCAAAUAGUCCGCAGAGCCAGAUAGUGUCCGGGGAGAAUGGCAUGGGACUAUACAGAUGCUACGUGUGCGCGGGGCUGUUCCCGCAGCAGUCCAUGGAGUGGCUGUCGACGGUGGCGGAGUACAUGAACUCGCACGCGAUGCACUUCCCGUGCCUGGCGGGCGCGGCGCGCGGCGGCCGCGUGCUGGCCUGCGCGCGCUGCGUGCGGCAUCUGGCGCGCCAGUGGGAGCUCAUGGACGCCGAGAGGGUGCCGCUCGAGCACCGCAGAUACAACAUCCCGUCGCCGCUGCCCUCGAACUCCUCCGUGAACGGCGAGCGCGUCAUCCCCACCCCGCCCUCAACCACCUCCGACAGAACCGUCGCUAGUAAUAGUGCUUGUACUUCUAUCUACUGCUUCCUGUGCGGGCUGCACUCGGACUUCACGCUGGCGCGGAUCCUGUACGGCCAGCCGCAGGGUAACGCGCCCUACUUCCCCUGUCUACUCACGCAUCAGAGUCAUCCAAACGCCGAGCAGUUACGUGAGAACGGCUCGGCUCUAGUCUGUACGUUCUGCUACCACUCGCUGCUUAGUCAAUGGAGAAGGUACGAGGCGCUGGGCGGCUACCCGCCGGAGCGGCGCGUGUACAACACGCACGACUACCACUGCCAUCUGUGCGGGAUCAAGACCUACCGCAAGCGGGUGCGGGCCUUGCCUAUCAAAGAAUUCCCAUUCUUAGUGCAAAGGCGGACUGAAAAUUCAUUAUUAUUAGAAAAUGGCGAUUAUGCCGUAGUAUGUUUAGACUGUUAUGAAAGCUUAAGGACGCAGGCGCAGGACUACUCGCGGCGCGGCGUGCCGGUGGACAAGCGCGAGUACAACUGGCUGCAGCAGCCGCCGCCGCCCGAGGACUCCGCCGACGUCACCAUCGCGCGCCUGCCCUCCGGGGACCGCUCCGACAAGCUGAUACCUCAAUCCCUAGUGAUGUCCCGCGGCAGCUCGAAGCGGAAUAGCCCCAAGCAGCCGUCCGCGGUGCUCACCGACAGAAGACUGACUCCCGCCAAGAUCGACAAACCCGAUCAAGGUGUGAGCGCGAACAAGAUUCCGAAACGCGCUGAAAUCCCUCCGAACAAGGGCGGGCCGUUCGCGGCGGCGCUGCGGACGCUCGCCAAGAACGCGGGCCCCGACGCCAAGGACGGAGGCGGGUCCGGCGCCGCGGCGGGCGAGCGCGACGCGGGCAAGGACAAGCCGCCGCCCGCGCCGCCCAAGCGGGCCUCGCCGCACCACCUGCCCGCCAGCGGGUUCCAGCCCUACCGGCCCGACGACAGACUGUCCCACCCUGCGGCUUCGUUCCCCCUACUGGAGCCGUCCGCGUACUCUCCGUACGCACACCCCAGCAUCUACUCGAGCGCCGCGCUGCAGUACAGGCUAGCGGCGGAGGAGCAGAUGUACCUGGAGCGCGUGUUCCGCAGCGGCGUGGGCGUGGGCUGGCUGCCGCCGUACGCGCUGUACCCGCCGCUCGCGCCGCCGCUGCCGCUCGUCGCGCACGCGCAGCACGCGCAGCACCAGCACGCGCUGCACGAGGACCGCGAGAAGGAGAUCGCGCUGCAGCGGGAGCGUGAGAGGGAGCGCGAGCGGGAGAGGGAGAGGGAGCGCGAGCGCGAGCGGGAGCAGCGCGAGAAGGAGCAGCGCGAGCGCGAGCGGCUGCGCUGCGAGAAGGAGCGCGCGCGGCUGGAGGCGGGCGCGCUGCUGCCGCCGCCCGCGUACCUGCCGCGCGCGCUGCUGCCGCCGCCGCUGCUGUACCGGCCCUACCGGCCCUACGCGGCGCCGCUGGCCUACGAGCCCGCGCCCGAGCCCGCGCCCGCCGAGCCCGAGCCCGAGCCCGCGCCCGCCGAGCCCGCAGGUGAGGAGCCCGCCGCCUGA